CGCCGUCGACACGGCCGGCGCGGGUCCCGCGAUCGGCGCGGAGUGGGCUCGGGGGUUGGGGGUCGCGCCCGACACGCGUCUGGGGCGCACGUGUGAACGAUGAGCGACAUCCGCCUCUCGCUGCUGCGGCGCGACGCCCUCAGCGCGGCCAAGGAGGUGCUCUACCACCUGGACAUCUUCUUCAGCAGCCAGCUGCAGAGCGUCCCGCUGCCCAUCGUCGACAAGGGCCCCGUCGAGCUGCUCGAGGAGUUCGUCUUCCAGGCGCCCAAGGAGCGCGGAGGCUCCCCCGCCAAGAGACUGAACUCGCUGCAGGAGCUCCAGCUGCUGGAGAUCAUGUGCAACUAUUUCCAGGAGCAGAGCAAGGACUCUGUCCGGCAGAUCAUCUUCUCCUCCCUCUUCGGCCCGCAAGGGAACAAGGCCGACGACUGCAGGAUGGCUCUGCUGGGCAAGCUCGUCUCCAUGGCGGUGGCCGUGUGCCGAGUGCCGGUCCUGGAAUGCGCGGCUUCGUGGCUGCAGCGGACCCCGACGGUGUACUGCGUGAGGCUGGCCCAGGCCUUGGUGGACGACUACUGCAGCCUGGUGCCCGGCUCCGUCCAGACCCUGAGGCAGAUCUUCAGCGCCAGCCCACGCUUCUGCUGCCAGUUCAUCACGUCGGUCACCGUGCUGUACGACAUGUCCUCAGACGACCUCAUCCCCCCGCCAGACUUGCUGGAGAUGGUCGUUUCCUGGAUCUUCGAAGACCCGCGCCUGACCUUGAUCACCUUCCUGAACACGCCCAUCGCCACCAGCCUGCCGAUCGGAUUCUUGGAGCUCACCCCGCUCAGCGGCCUGAUCCGCUGGUGUGUGAAGGCCCCCCUGGCGUACCGGCGGAGGAAGCCGGCCCUGGCGAACGGCCACCUCGAGGGGAAGCCGGCCAAGGGCUCGGCCCCGGUCCCGGCCCGCGACUGCCAGCCCCUCUACUCCAAGCUGCACCUCAGCGUCCUCCAGGUCCUCAUGCUCCUGCAGGGCCACCUGACCGAGAAGAACCUCUACGGCCGCCUGGGGCUGGUGCCCUUCGACCACAUGGUGGCCCUCGUGGAGGAGGUCGGCCGCCUCUCGGACGAACUCGGCCCGCUCAGCGCCUCCCAGGAGGUGGAGCUGGCCCUCGACCGGCUGGCCCAAGCCCUGCAGGUGGCCGUGGCGGCCGGGGGACUCUGCUCUCUUUCAGAGGACCUCAGGACGGUCUGCUCCAGACUCCCGCACAACAACCUGCUCCAGCUGGUGGUCUCGGGCCCAGUCCAGCAGCCGUCCCACGCCACUCUGCCGCCAGGGUUCUACCCGCCCAUCCACACGCCCCCGCUGGGCUAUCCGGCCCUCCCGGCGCACCCCGCCCUCCCGGCACACCCUGCCCUCCCGGCACACCCGGCUCUGCCUGCCCACCCCGUGCAGACGUUCAUCCCGGAAUUUCCCUACCGGCCCAUCCGCUGAAAGAACUUCUCCUGCACUCUGUGAGCGGCCACGCCGUUUUCCUUCCAUCAGGAGCCCGUGCAGGGAAACCAGCAUCCUUGUUGCUCCACGUUUACCGCUACUGCGUGAUGUCUGGAGAGAGGUCUUCUCUGCCAAGAGAGUGAACCAGGGGCGCCGGAUAGUAAAAUGGGACAGUCUUUUUUUAAAAAAUAAACCCAAUUGUAUAUAUAUAUAGAAGAAGCCCUGUCAAUGAAGGUGGAUUUUUCUUACAUCUAAGUAGGAUGGCCGCAUUGUGCAGUUGUGCCUUGUUUUGGUGGAUCUAACCCCCAAUUCCUCGUUAGUAAAAAUUCUGGAUGAGAGCUUCCGGUUCACGUCUGGGCCUUUCUCUGUGAGUGCGUAUGCAUAAAAAUUGUCCUCCUUUGGUGCACAUUUUUUGCUUUGGAAGUAGCAAUUCGGCAUUUGCAGUUGAAGUGCGGGGGGGGG